AUGAUUGUACGGUUGUUUGCUAGGAAUUUGCCUCGCGCAAUUUACAUUUCACUUCCCCUGGUCACCAUCAUAUACACGUUGACCAACGUCGCAUAUUUUUCCGUGCUGAGUCCCGACCAAAUGAUGGAUUCCAACGCCGUUGCCGUCGACUACGCUAACUAUAUACUUGGUGGCUUCGCCGUUGUAAUGCCAAUUUUCGUGGCUUUCUCAACGGUCGGAAGUCUAAACGGCAUUUUGUUUGCCUGUUCUCGUAUGUUUUUUGUUGGUGCCAGAGACGAGCAGCUGCCGCAACUCUUGGCCAUGAUCAACGUGCAUUGGAUGACUCCUGUGCCGUCAUUGUUGAUCUUAGGUGGACUAUCGAUGCUGAUGCUCACAACAACAAACGUUUUUGCACUGAUCAAUUAUGCCAGCUUUACAGAAUCUCUAAUGGUGUGCGUGACAGUUGCUGGGCUUCUUUAUAUGCGCUGGAAGAAUCCAGAUCUGCCUCGGCCUAUCAAGCUCAACCUCGCUAUUCCUAUCGUGUUCUUUGUUACAUGCAUUUUUCUUCUGGUUUUGCCUUUGUUCACGAGUGCCUACGAAGUGAUGAUUGGUCUAUUCAUCACUCUGUCAGGGAUCCCGGUGUAUUUUUUCGGCGUAUAUUGGAAAAACAAACCAAAGUGCUUCUUGCGCUGUUGGAAUUCUUUCGUGUGCAACCUUCAGCGAAUCUUCUUAUGUGUCCUUCAGGACGAAGUGACUUAG